CUGAAACGUCAUGUAAAUGUUCUAAGUUUUAUCAUUCAUUUCAUUACAAACUACAAAAUAGCCAAAAUUUUGUGUAUUACACGAGUAAAUAAUGUAAAAUUAUUAAUUGUAACGCAAUGAGUAAAGCUUUAAAAGUUUCUUCAUUUGAGUUCCUAUUCACUGCCAAAACGUAUGUGAAGACCAAUCUCCGAAUACAGGAAUGUAGAACAUCUAUUAGGAGAUAGAUAAAAAAAGGAUAAAAACAUGUCAAUGUUUAAAAUAGAAUCUUAUGUUACACCUAUUCUUCUAAGCUAUGUUGAUAAAUAUGUCAAGGAUUUCAAGCCAGCUGAUGCGCAAGUAUCCCUGUGGGGGGGAGGAGUGGUCCUGCACAACCUGGUGCUCAAGGCCGACGUGCUGCAACAGGAAGUGUCUUUGCCGUUCACCCUCGUCUCCGGACGGAUUCACGAGCUGCUCAUACAAGUGCCAUGGACCAAGAUCAUGUCCGAGCCAAUCAUUGUUACCAUUGAUACUAUAGAGUGUGUCUUGAAUUUAAAACCACCCAAUCCACCAGCUGAAGAUGAAGAGCCAACAAGGGAGAACUCAAACCGGCAGGUGGUGGAGGCGCCGCCGGGCUACAUGCAGGCGCUGGUGCGGCGCGUGGUCAGCAACGUGGUGCUCAGGCUCGACCACCUCAUCGUCAAGUAUGUGGAAGACGACAUCGUGCUGUCGCUCAACGUCAAGCAUCUGCAGAUCAACUGUGCCGACGGGAAGUGGCAGCCCGCGUUUGUUGACAUAGACCCGGCGCUGCCGGUGAUGCGCCGCCUCAUCGAGGUGGAAGACCUGACGCUGUGUCUGGACCAGACCGACGCGGACGGCAAGAUCCGCUUCUUCCAGGAGCCGCUGCUGUACCGCUGCCAGCUGUCCUUCCGCGUGCUAACCCGGCUGCAAUCCGCCGCCACCCGGCGCACGGCGGGGCUGGCGGUGCACGUGCACUCGUCGCGGCUGGCGUGGAGCGUGACGCGGCCUCAGCUGGCGCUGCUGCUGCGCGUGGCUCGGACUGAGAGAGUGGGGGCUCGCGCGGAGCCCGCUGUCAGCCAGGUGCCCUCGCCCGCGCCAACAUCAUCGGAGCGCGAGGCGGCCACCCAGUCGUGGUCCACGUGGGCGUGGUCCCGCCUCGAGUGGUCCGAGCGCGAGGACCAGUUGGACCAGGCGCCGCCGGCCGCCGUGCCGCACCGCCUGACUGUUACUCUGGACCAUGUCGCUGUGGUAUUCAAGGUGAUGGAAACGGACGCGUCAACGGGCAAGAAGCGCGCGCGGCCGUUACUGGAGCUGGAGGCGCGGCGCGUGGCGCUGCUGGCGCGGCAGCGCGCGCCGCUGGGCUGCUCGCUGCGCGCCGCCGUGCGCUCGCUCACGCUGGCGCCUGCUGCUGGAUCAGGCAGUCAAACAGUCUACCUUGAGAAGGCGGACGCGGCGGCUGAAGACACCUUUCAGUGGCCUCCAGAGAUGUACGACAUGACCAUAGAGCCACAGGAAGAAGAAGAAGUACUUAAGGCGGUGGAGAGUGUGAUACGGGAAGAGUCAGCCAUCCCCACCCCUACGCCGGGCACCCCCGAGCCCCGCGCCGCGCCCCGCCCGCCCUCGCCCUGGGACCUCAUGGAUCCAGUGGUGCAGUUCACGUAUACACACGACCGCACGCCGCCGGUUGACGCGCCGUUGGAUGCGGCCGUGGAAAUGCCCACGGACUUUGAGUACAGCGACUGGGCGGAGGCGGUGGCGACGCGCGUGGUGGUGGCGCCGCUGCGGCUGCAGGUGUGCUCGGGGCUGCUGCAGCGCGCCGCCGCCGUCGCCGGCGUGAUGGACGAGCUGCCCGCGAAGCCCGCCGCAGAACCACCCAAGCGCACGCUCACAAUCGAAGAGAUCGAGGCGCUAAACGAGAACCUGCCGCAACGCCGCACGGACAUCCAUCUCCGAGGGGUGUCGGUGAGAGUGUUGCCGUGGGACGCCGGGGAGGCGCCACUGGCGUUGGAGUGUCGCCUGCCUGCUGCCCGCGUGGUGAUCACUGGCCCGUUGUAUCCGCACAGAGUAUGCGCAGCCGCCUGCCAGAUCCCCGACGAGGAGGGGCCGCUGUGGCGCGCGGCGCGCCUGCGCCUAUCCGCCUCCGUGACCGACGCACGAGCCCUACUCGCGCCGCCGACGGGCCAGCCGCGGCCCGUGGCCCGCGCCAGCUUCACUGUGCAGUAUCACAGGCUGUUGAAUGAAGAGUACUUUGCUGAUAGAAGUGUGGUGGAGAAGAGUUAUUCUGUGAAGAUCAAGGAGCUGAACAUAUCUGGGUCCCUCUCCCGCAUGACGGCGGCGUGCCAGGUGCCGCUGUCGCUGCUGCGGCGGCGCGCCUCGAGUCUGCUGCAGGCCACCACGCUGCCCACCCUGGCUGUACAGGACGAAGAGUCAGUGGCAGUAGACGUGACGGCUGAAGAGCUGGAGGUCCAGGCGCACGUGACGCGGCGCACGCGCACAGUCACCGCGCAUCUGCAGUCGCUCAAGGCCACCGCCUUCCAUAAAGAACAACGAUCAGAGGAGCUGCGUCAGGCGUGGCUGUUCUCUGGACCGGACACGCAAGCCGGGGUGCCGUAUGUUCGUUUCGCCAUGCAGUGGUCGGAAAACAUGGCAGAUACAUUGGACUACUUCGGCAUCUGGACGGAACCCACGGCCGUAUCCUUGGACCCCCUCCUACUGGGGUGGCUGUCCGAUAGACCGACACUACGAACUGCAACGGAGUGGCAACCCCAGCUGUCCAACAAGACGAUAUCAUCCGUGCAAUACUUCCAGCGCCGCCUUGGUGGUUGUUUCCAGUCGUCCAGCGGUCGUGUUAGCACUGCGGCUGAGCUGGUCCACGCGGCGCGCCCGCGCAGCCGCUCUUCCAGCUCGCAGAAGGAGUAUAGACCUUCUUCCACGGCUACUCAAGGAUCAAAGCCGGAGCCAUCGCUCGACGGGGCCGUACUCAUAGACCUUCACAGUACACUGCGGCGCGCGUUGGUCCGCGUAUCCAUAGGCCUGGUGCUGGUGUACGUGCCCAACGACACGGUCAGCGCCGUGGACUGCGCGGCGAUACGGGACGCGCAGGAGCGGCAUGCGCUGAUAAGUCCUAUACUGGUUUGCUGCCUGGGCCGUAUUUCCCUGAGGUGCAACGGCCACAUCCGGAGCUUGUGGUCGCAAAUACGCAAGGACGGACCGACCUACCUCAAAGUACAGAACAUGAAAGAAUACGACGCAUUCCCGUGGACUAUCGAGCUGGCGGACAUGUCGUGCUACACCCUGGAGCCUUCGCGGGAGACCGACAGCAAAAACGAAAAGAAACCCAAGGUGGUGCGCAAAACGAUCCUGGAGCUGGUGACGACGUCGGUGACGCUGUCGGUGGUGAGCAAGGCGCUGCAGGGGCGCCCUCCAGGCCCCAAGGAGGCCCACAAGGCCAGCAAGAAGAAGGCCGCCGCCUCGGCUUUUGAGGAGAGAAUAAAGUACUUUACAUCGGGUGGAGAGUUCAAGCCAACUUCACUGAAGGAAUUCGUUAGAGGGCCUUUAACACGGAAGAAGCCUGAACCGCAGAAGAAGCCGGUGGCGGAGGCUGCGGAGGCGGCGGCCGGGGGCUCCGGGCCCGUCGUGAGCAUCGGAGUGAACCUGCACGCGGACACGCCGCCCGUGCAGCUGCGCCUCGACAACCAACAGGUCAUAGUGGUGGGCGCGGCGAUGCACUGCGUGUCUCACGUGGUGUCGCUCGUGAGGCAGCUCACGACGAGGCCGGGCAAGCGGCCCGCGCCGCCGCCCGCGCGAGCCGGCCUUACUAGGUCCGUGGAGCGCGAGGAGCACACCCCGUCGGACGACCGCACCCCGAGCGAGUCCGAGCUCAUCGAGAUAUUCGAGUCUCCCUCCGUCAUGGAAGAAUCUCUCUACCAGGCACACAUAAAGCCGUCAACCUUCCUCUGGUGUCAGUGGGUGGUGUCCCGAGCCACUCUCGUGGUCUCCACGGCCACUGUCAAGCUGUCGACUGUCAUUGAGGAUAUCAUAGCAACUGUUGAUGUCCAGUCGCACUAUAAUCAGGUCAAGUUGAAGUUUGCGUCUGCGUCGAUCAAGCAUUAUGAGAGAGCUGACCCUGGGGCGGAGUGGAGGGCGGGCGCGCUGGGCGGGCGGGUGCUGGAGGCGCGCGAGCCCGCGGCGCCCACGGACGACACUCACUUCCUGUGUGUCACCGUCACGCAGGCGCAAAUAUCUACGUUGCCUGACAGCUGGAAGGAAGAGCUUCACCCGAAAUUACUACAAUCCAAAAACUCGGUAGACGUGAUGUGGGAGAUCUACAUGACGGUGGCCCCCCUAGAGGCGGUGCUGCAGCCGCGGCUGGCGCGCCACGCGGCGGUCAUCUGCCGCGAGCUGAUGCCGCGCAGCCGCUGCCGGCCGCAGGAGCCCGCCCAGACCAGCGCGCGACCCAGCCAGUUCCAGUGGCCCUACCUGUACGUGACGGCGGGGGGGCUGCGGCUUCUCGUACACGCCGACGGGGAGGGGGAGGGGGACGGGCUGGAGGAGGGGGAGGGGGGGGAUGACACCUUCGUGUUCUCGAUUGGAAAAAUAGAAAUCAAUCCGCAUCCAGAGAACCCAAUCUGCAGGCGGUGGGCGGGCGCGGCGGACAACGAGGGCGCGUGGAAUUCCGCAGGCGCCAUGGAGGGACGCCAAUAUGAGGUGUACGUGAAACACGCAUCUAUACACUCCGCGUCGCGUCGUCAGCUCGUCCAACAGGAGGAGUACCAAGCCCGUCUGCUGAAGGGCGCCGGCAGCGAGAAUCCCGCGGUGAAAUGGAACCAGCCGGCCGCCGCGCCCAUCACCACGCCCAUACUGCACAACAUAGAACUGAGCCUGAUCCUAGCGCCGGCGCUCUACACAGGCGAGUCACUCGCGUGCGGCGCCGCCGUGGAACUGAACCUGACCUCCGACUGUUCCUUGGACGUGGGGCUCCACCAAGUGGCCCUGUGCCGCGACCUCGCCGUGGCCUUCGCCGCCGCCACCAGCAAGAUCGAGAUUCCCCCGAAGGAGUCUGAGCUGAGCGUCUGCCGAUAUGAGAAGAUGGUGUCGAGCUUGCUCCCCUCCCCGCAUUUUGAGGAGGCGCAGGACGCGGCCAAGACCGCCGGGAAUACUGAAGCGACGGACUCGGGCGUGGACACGGCGGCGUCGUCGCGCCGCGGGGACUUCGCGCUGCGCAAGAGCGCCUCCUUCACCGCCGACGAACUGGACCCGGCUGACUACCUCGAAGUGUUCGUGACAAUGGGCGCGGUGGACGUGGCGGUGUACGCCUUUGACGACGGGGCCAGCCACGUGUUGCGCCCGCCCGAGCCCGAGCCACGCGCGGAGCCGCGCGCCGCAGAGGUGCCGCACGUGCGUAAACCCGGAGGGACCAUUCCGCUAUUCCACGUGACACUGCAACAGCCUAACAUGUACUACUGGAAGAAAAAAACGCAGAAGACUCUUCAGCUAUCCCUGUUCAACAUGGCGGUGGCGCUCGGCUCUCGCUCCUGGAAACUGGAGCUCAUCUCCACGGCCCGAGGAGCCGCCGACCCCGAGACCGACAUACCGCCCGCCGUGGCCACGCUCACCGCCAGCCCUGGCAGCACGGCCAUAUCGCGCGCGAGCAACCCGCUGGCCAGUCGAGGCACCAUGAGGCUGGACAUCGAGCGGCCCGUCACCCUGCACGUGUCUGAAGACAGGCUGCGGAGACUCAGGGCCAUUGGACAAGUGAUAAGCAAAAACCUAUGUGAGUCUGAAGUCUCAUAUAGUUUGGUACAAGACGUAGAAUCCGAUGAACCGUGGGCCUACAGGAUACGCAAUUUCAUGACAUCCCAAUCAAUCGAGUCUAUAACCGUGACGACGACGCAGCUAUCCUGCGUUGGCGCUGACGCGGCGGCGGGCUGCGAGCGAGUGUCUUUACAGGCGACUCUGGAGCGGCACCCGGCGCGGCUGGUGGCUCGGGCCGGGGCCCGGGUGCUGGUGGCCGCCGGGCCCGCCAGCGAGCCGCGCCGCCUGCUGCUGCACCCGCUGCUCCUGGGCACGGAACUAGUAUCGACGUGGGAGCCGUGGCGGCGGCGCGACGACGGCACCCACCCGAAGGACCCUAGUCUCCGGGUGUUGGUGGAGCUGGACCGGGUGACCCUGGACCUGAGGCCCGAGGACGUGGCCCUGGCCUGGAGACUGACCCGCCUGGUGCAGGGGGUGAUGAAGGAAGGGGAAGAGGACUGGAAGCCUGUGUCCACCCCGUCUGUCGCCAGCACGGACCUGCUGUCACAAGAGAGGGAGCAACAGCGUCGGCCGGAACCACCGUCCACGCCGUCAAACGACGAGCUUGGGGCGCAUUAUUACAAGGACGAUUUGAGGAGCGGCGCGUUCAAGAUAGUCUCCGGCAGCCAGCCGCCCAUGCCGUACCAGGUGGUGCUGGGCGCCACCACCGUCUCGUGGAGGUACCCCAACCCUCGCGCCGUCACCCGGGUGGUGGCUUAUCCGCUGCCGCAACAGGAGAAGGAGUUACCGUGUGUGCUGGAGCAACACUGCCCGAUGUUGAACGAAUGGCUUCCGGUAUCCCGCUUCCGCCUACCCAUCGCGGAGCCGCGCGAGAUCGACCUGUUCCUGCCCCCGCCAGACGCCAGGUUUGCAGAAAUGUGGAGGUUCAGAGCGGUGGACUCUGAGACGGAGGAGGAGCCGCCGCCGUUCGAGUUCAACCCGGAGAGGUUCGAGCCCAGAGGGGCGUCUGCUCUGAAACUAUCGGAGAGCCCGCGCCCCCGGCCCGUGUCCACGUCCACGGCGGAACAGCUGUCGUCGGCCGUGCGCAUAGACUCGUACUUCGCGCCCGCGCUGCUGCCCACUGUGCGCGCCGCCGUGCGCUUCACGUCGCUGGAGGCGUACGCGCAUAACACGCUGCCGAAGCUUACCAGUGAAUCGUCAGCGCAAGAAGGGUACUACGUGUCGAAGCCGCUCAUGAAGAGUCACCGGGUGCUGUCUCUGUCAGCGGCUGACACUUGCGUGCACGUGCAGGGGAACCCGGCCGCGGGGCUCCUUGUGGCAGCCACUGCCGACAUCUCGAGCGACAUCCUAGAGUGCGCGACCGGCACCCUAGAGCCCCUACUCCUGCCCACUCGCGUGCAAGUGGCGGCCUCCCGCGGCGCGGGGCCGGCCAGAGUGCGCGCCCGGGCCGGGGUGCUGCGCGCGCGAGUUGACGUCAUGCGCACGCGCACUGUGCGCAGUCUUGUGAAGGACUGGACGGAGAUGGUGAAGGAGAUGAGCUCCGAGCCCAACCAACCCCGGCAUCCAUCCGACCUGCCCCGCCGGUCGUCGGACACGCCCCCCCGCCGCGCCUCGUACCUCGCCCCCCCGCUCGCCGCCGCGUUGGACGGACGAGUGUGUCUCUGGAUACACAACUCAUGUGCCGUCCCAUUGAGGGUCACUCAGGAGGAUACGGAGCAGAUCGUGCCUAUUGGACCCGGAGUUAGCUUGGCUUAUAGAUGGCGGAACCCGAGUGCACCAAAAACGUUGAGGUUCGCCCUGGUCAGCCCCUCCACUGACUGGCAGUGGUCUAAUGAGCGUAUCCCGUUCACCCCCGGGUCCUACACGGCGAGGCUGCCCGGCGCGCGGGCGCCGCUGCACGUUCGCGUAGACUCGCGCGGGAUGCUCCUCGCCGGCAGCCUCGUGCUGGCCAAUGUGCUCAGGCACGCCAUGCUGUUUAAGAUCGUGUCCCGCACGGGCGGCGCCGCCGGCGGCUGGCAGGCCCUGUGCUCGGGCGAGCUGGAGCCGCUGAGCGUGGGCCGCUCCGUGCUCUGCGACCAGGCCGCCGAGAUGGCCAUCAAAAUCAAAUUCUUGAACCAAGGUGCCGGUUGGUCGGGAGAUAUACCUUUGAAAGAGUGUCCAAAGGAAAACGUCCCGUGGUUGGUCAAAGUUCCGAGCGCCGGGGAAGUUCCAUUCACAUGCGUUUGGUGCCGAGUGAGUCGCACGCGAGACACCCGCGUCGUCGCCUCUCUGUGGCCGCUGUACCUACUCACCUCGCACCUGCCGCUAGACACUAAUGUGCUAAUAAAGUCGGACACGGCCUGCCCGGGCGCACAGCCGGCGUCGGACGCCCCCCCACCGAUGGUGCAGAGCGUGGGGGGCCGCGGCGGCACCGCGCACCUGCAAGCGCCGGGGACCACCUCGGCCAAGCACAGCCUCACCUUCCAGUACAAAGACAUCGAGACUCCAGUGACCGCAGACCCCAUACCUCUCCACUACGGAGUCACCACGGUAUCAGUGUUCGACUCCCGGCCGGCACCGGUCCCGGCGGAACAGCUACUCGAGCAAAUCGAGCGAUGGCUGAACACAUCGCGACCGGAGCCCCCGUGGCCGUACUCCAUCGUGACGCGGCACUGGCCCGGCGAGUGGACCUCCUCGCUGCUGCAGCCCAGGAGCGACGUCAAUAUCCGCUACAACCCAGUGUCAGCGGGCGGCGGCUGCUCGCUCCAACUCAUCCUAUCUCCCGUGGUGAUGAUGUGCAACGCGAGCACGCUGAGCUACACGCUCCGCGCGCACGACGCGGCGCCGCUGUGCGCGCUGGGCGCCGGCAGCGUGGCCUGCGCGCCCACCGCCGUGCUGCAGCGUCCGUUCUUCCUGUCGGUGUGCGUGGGCGGGGACACGUACGUGAGCUCGCUAAUUCGAGUGGGGGCGGGCGGGCGGCGCGACCCCGCCGUGCUGGCGCCCAACCAGCCGUUAGCUACCGCCCUGUAUGCUGCUAUGACUGUAUCGCUACUAACGCUGUACUACGAAGUGAUUCACGACAUCAACAUCAUCGGCAUCAGUUCCACCUACGUGGUCAUCAACCGCCUGCCCUGUGAUGUGCUGGUGUAUCCUAUAGCUGUGCCCGAAUCAGAGAUGAAGGAAGAAGUAACGUUCACAUACAACUUGCAUAAGCGAAUAGCACCGGCCGAAGAUGACAGCCUGACGGGCACCCCAGUGAGCCGGUUCGCGGUGCACGGGCGCUGGCCCGGCGGCGCGCCCCCGCUGCGCGUGUACCUGGGCGCCGCCCUGCCCGCCGGCGAGGCGCCCGCCCACGCGCCCGUGCCGGUCAAGCUGGGCGGGCGGGACAGCCGCCGCGGGGUCGGCCUGAGGGACCGGGAUAAUAAAUAUAUGGCAGUGGUAAUAACGCAGCAGUGGCACGAGUCCCGCUGGCUGGUGACCGUGUCGCCGGACCCGUGCCCGCAGAUGUCGGUCCGCAACGACACGGCGCUCACGUUGCUGGUCGCGCAGCCGGCCGGCGACCCGCCGUAUGCCACCGUCGAUGAGGUGGUACCAGACUGCGAAGGCGUGUCCCACUACUGCGUGGUCGAACCCGGGACCACGGUGUACUACUCCACGCCCCGCUUCGUGUCCCGCUACCCGCCCGCGGAGGGCGUCCCACGGGACCCCGUCGAGUUCAUCACUAUAGGGACCUACUGUCAGGAGGAGCCUGAGGAUGGUGCCGAGCCUCCCCCGCCGACUAUCAGAUGGAGUCCAGGCGCGGCGCUGUCGCCGGGGUCGCAGCUGCUGUCCGUGUGUCCCUCCGCCACGGUCAAGCUGCAGGUCACCGCGCGCCCGCCGCGCCUGCGCCUGCUGCCCGUCACCCAGGAUGACAUAUCGGCCAGUGAUAUCAGAAAACGUCUGCUGGGCCCGUUCUCUUCCGAAGAGGAGACUCAGCUGAAGGCAUUUGUCACUCCUAAAGCUUUGGAUUUAACCAGACUACAAAGCAAAAGUAUGUUGUCUGUCCCAGAGCCUGGUCAGGAGAAACUUAAAGAAGAUGAUACUGGUGGUCCGAAACGUCCGAGUAUUAAAAAUCCCGUAAACGUCGAUGAAAAAAUAUUAAAAGAUCUAAAAUUCGUUAUAGAAACCGAUGAAAAAAUUAAACAUCAUGACGAAGAUAUGAAUGACGGGACCAGUGUGGUCUCCUUGAAAGAGAAAGUUUCCAGCGAUCCAAACCUGUUCUCCAAUAUCGAAUCAGAGCUGGGCACGCCGGACUGGUGUAGCUCGGAGCGCUUGGUGGCGUCUCUCGAUGGCGUGGUGCUGGAGAUAGGCCCCGCCGGCGCCGCGCGCUGGCUCCUCGCCGCGCACCUCGGCGCCACCGGCGUGGCCGUCACCACCGACAACCAGGGCAUAUCAACGAAACUCUCCAUCUCCGAGCUCCAACUAGACAACCUGCGCUACGACACGGGUCAGUUUGACUUCCCGGUGGUGGUGAGCUCGCACCCGGCGCCGCUGGGGGUCGAACCCUGGCCCCCGCUCGCCGGCAUGCUCAAUGAGAGGCAGCCGCCCGCCGACGCUCACAUUGAGGUCAAGUUGAGGCACGACCGGUGGACCGAUGGCGGGAAACAGUUUACUGAGCUAACCGAGCUAGACGUAAAACUGGGCCACCUAGCCCUAUACAUCGAGGACGCGUUCGUGCAGGCGAUAUUAGAGCUGGUGCGGUGCGCCACGGACCGUGUCGCCGCGGACGCCGGCCGUGUCGACGACGGCGCGGCGGCCGAGGCGCGCGCGUUGCGGGCCCCGCUGCGCCUGCGCACGCUCUGCAUACAUCCGCUGGAUCUGACGCUGACGUUGCAUACUGCUGUCCGCAUGUACAUAGCCCUGGACCAGAGCCCUCUUCGACUCGGCGCGUUCAAACUGAGCGACAUGAUGACGAGUCCCGAGCGACUCACGCACGCGCUCACAGUGCACUACCUCGCCGCCGCCGUGCUGGCUGCAGGCUGGGUGGUAGGCGGGCUCGAGCUGCUGGGGGCUCCGGGCGCCGUUGCCGCGCGGGUCGGCGGCGCGACGGGCGGCGUGCGCGGCGUGGCGGCGGCGGCGGCGGCGGCGCUACUCCACUCGCUCAGCGCAUGCGCGGGCUCGCUGGCUCGCAACCUGGAUUUACUAGCUGGUGAUGAUGAACACAGCCAGAGGGCCGCUGAAGCCAGGAGAAGGGUGCCGGCGAGCUUUGUCGCGGGGUUGAUGACCGGGAUCACGAAUUUUGCGAUCAAUAUUUUGGGCGCAGUAGGCGGGCUCGCCCACCACCCCAUCGUGGGGGUAGGAACAUCCGCGCACGGCACGCCGGCGGCGCUGCGGCGCGGGCUGCUGGGCGCGCUGGCCAAGCCGCUGGCCGCCACCGCCGACCUGGUGGCGCUGGCCGGCCACGGGCUGCUGAGCCAGGCCGGCUGGACGCAGCUAGCCACGCAGCGGCCGCUGCCCCCGCUGCCCCCGCCGCGCGCGGGCUGGGCGCGCGACUGCGUGCGCUGGCGGUUCCGCCUGGCGGAGCUGCAGCCGCUGUGCGGCUUCGACGCCAGGGUCCACACCGAGCCCGUGCUGCUGCUGCUCACGCACAAGUACCUGGUGAUAGCGGACCCCGAGUCGGAGCGCAUCGUGGAGAUGAUCGAGUUCCGCCACGUGGCGCUGGGCGCCUACGACGGACCCGUCAUCGAGCUGUACGUGGCGCAGAGUCGGCCCAACAAGGUGGUGGUGUCCGACGAGCACGAGACCGAGAACCAGGAGGUAUCCGAGGCGGCCGCUGCCCGCGUGGCGCGCUACGCCGGCGCGGUGUGCCCGGGGACGCGGCGCGUGCUCGCCCUGCACCCCGCGUCCCCUGCGUCCCCCGCGCCCCCAGCCCCCGCGGCCCCCGCGCGCCGCGCCGCCGCGCUGCACGCCGCGCUCUCGGCGCUCGUGCGGCACAACUCCGACACGCACGUGCCCCUCCUGUAGCCCGCCCCCGCGCCCCCCGCCCCCGCCCCCGCGGCCCCCGCCCCCAGCUCCACGGACACCAGCUACAGCACCACCAGCUUCACCACCAACAUCGGCGUGCGGGUCGGGUACGCGCACAGUGCGCACAUCUAGGACAUUGCUGUAACCACUGAGGACUCUACAGCUUCAUAUUGCACAAAAGACCAAAGGUCAAAUUAAUGCAUGAUGACAAGCAAUGGCGACACGUCAUUUUGAUUUUCGACCAAUGUAUUGGUUGAUAUCAAACUUCAGCUUGACCUUUUGUCUUUUGUAAUAUGAAAUAAAGUGUAGUUAGGUACGAUACAUAAUUAUUACGAAGAUAUGUACUCACUUA